AUGAGCUCGUCGUUCGCGAAAAAGCUCGCGGACAGCGAUAAACGCGUGCGCGAUAAGACGUUCGUGAACGUGUCGAAGUGGCUGGCCAGUCGCGAGACGCUGACGGCGAUCGAUGGGAAGAAGCUGUGGCGCGGGUUGUUUUACUCGUAUUGGCACGCCGACGGGAGAGCGACGCAGCUGGAGGUGGCGAAUAAGAUGGGAGCGCUCGUGCACGUGCUGAAUCGCGAGGUGGCGAUGGUGUACUUGGAAGCGGGGUUGUGGACGAUGCGCACGGAGUGGGGUGGGAUAGAUAAGCACAGGAUGGAUAAGUAUUGCUUGUUGACGCGACGCGUGUUGCACCACGGGUUUCGA